AGUAGAACAUCAAUCUACACACAGGACUAAAGAGUUGCACUGGCCCUUUAAACCACACAGCAAAUAGAGGCUUUUCAGCCGCGGGAGGCGAUUGAUCGUAGUCUUCGGCAAGAGAGCUAUUCGCGGUUCGUGUGACAACACAAAGGGAUAUCGAGAAUCGCAACCAUGGGCGUCAAAUUGUAUUAUACCACCGUUACUGCAUCCAGAGAGGUGAAGUCUCAGCAGGCGGAGGUGAUGAGGAUACUGGAGAGUAAGAGCAUCCAGUACGAGCUGAUUGACAUCUCAGUGGGCGGGGAGGUCAGGGACGAGAUGAGAAGCAAGGCAGGGAACCCCACGGCUGUUCCGCCACAGAUCUUCAAUGAGGACCAGUACUGUGGGAACUAUGAGAUGUUUUCGGACGCAGUGGAGGAGGACAAAGUGGAACAGUUUCUGAAGAUGGCGUGAUGAGGAAGAGUCGUGUGUGUGUCCCCCCCGCCGGGAGGCUCCUUGACUACCCUUCUGCCGCACUGGUGGUGCCCGCCCUCUUUCUCAAUGCCAUGAUGAAUGCCAAAUACAACCAACCAAUCAAAAGGCACACACACUCCUUCCCACCCCGCGGGACUCUUACCUAACCACUGUUGAAAUGAUUGUGUAUGUUUUAUACGCCACUUACUAUGUUCUCCCCAUUUCUUUCGUCACUGUUUCCCUUUGUGGUCAAGAUCUGGGUUCAAAUACUUUCAAAUCAUGUUAAAUGCUUAAGUGGUACUUUUUUGAAGCUUUCCUGUAGCAAUUGAACCAAUAGAAAUGUCCAAAAAAGGCAAACCCCACCCACCUGGCACUCCAUGCAGACUAAAGCAAAUGCUUAAAUAUAUUUGUAUUUGGAAUAGUAUUUGAACCCAGGCCUGCUUGAUCCAAUGUGUUCAUGUCACUAAUCAUUCUGAGUCUGGUCUGUGGGAUCAAUGGAGUUGCCUAAUCUAGAUGUGUGGUAAUUAGGUCAAAUAAUCUGGGCUGUACAUGGUCCACUAAUCAAGAGGCUAACAUUUACCAGGAAUCGAUCUUGGCCUGAAAUGACCCUUUUAUUCCCUAUAUUUACCGGGUCAAAUGUAGUGCACUACGGCUAUGUUUACAUAGGCAGCCCAAUUCUGAUAUUUAUUUUCACUCAUUCUAUUUUUGACCAAUAACAUCUGAUCUUUCCAAACAGAUCAUUUUCAGAGCUGAUCUGAAAAAAUAUAUAUCAGAAUUGUGCUGGGUGUCUAAACACAGCCUAUGUAGGGAAUAGGGGCCAUUUCAUACCCAGACCAAACAAACAGAAAACCAAAUACUUGGUUACCAUUACUUAGAUUGAACGGUGUUGUCUUUUCCUUACCUGUCCCACUUGACUUCCAUGUUGUUCAUAUCGACAGACAAAGUCAUUUUCAAAAUGUACGUUGGCCUACUGUAGACAUCAACAUGGAUAGGAGAACGUAGCAUGGAGAACGUAGACGCCAACAAUCACAGAACCUUAAAGAAAUGUGAAUUGUGGUAGAGACAGAGUAAGUGAACUGGAUUCUACUCUGGUCCAAAACAUUUCAAUGCUUAGCAUGCUAAUGGUGUCAAAGGUCCAUGCUGGAAAGGUGAGUCCAUUGUGGAGAGUUACAGAAUAUGGUAAAAACAGACAGACAGCAUUUCAUAGUGUUAAACUUGGUGCCAAUAAAUAUGUGAGAAUGUGCUUUACAGCUGGAUACAGUCUUACUUUACACUAUGUUACUGCAUUCCAAAGACUGCUGUAUUUUUUUAAGAGACCACUUGCAUUUGCUGGGAAUGACCUGAUCGUCAAUCAUUGGUCUUACAGAGACAUAAAAUAGACAUAUUUAUAGGACGUUGUCACAAAAAUACAUAACACUGUUACUGGUACUACAGCUGUACAUCCUUACUGUAAGAGAACUGAGUUUGAGUAUUAUAAUCCCCUGAAUUUAUAAGCCCCAAUGACUGUUUAGGAGUUGUUACUGUUCUAUCUGUGGUAAUGUGUAAUUCAACCUCGAACCAGCUUGAACAUGCAGUAAAGACAACUAUGCACAUUAAACUCUGCCUCACAUUCCCACUGUUUUACUGACGUUUGGCUCCUGAGUGGAUAAAGAAAGUGUUUCAGAUUGAACUGACACAAUCUCAUCCUUUAGAAAAACUAACUCACCACAUGGGGAAAGUUGAAGGCCUCACUUUUAGUGCCUCAAGUGUCUACUUCUCUUUCUUCCGACUGGUUUCUCUUCCAUGGGAUGUUGUAAAAAACGUAUGUGCCGUUUCAUGUGUAGAGUCCCACAUCUUUUACCCAGUAUGUCAUCCUCGUUUAGAGCAUACCUAUCAUUAUAACCCCCGGUUCCACACAUCGGAACCUUGAUUUUCAUCUAUCUCAGACAAAGUCUGGCAACGCACCACCACACGCAAAGUAUAUCUGGGUAUGUAGGUGUGGGACCUCUAUUCUGUAAUGGCAGCCUUCACAGACAAUGUUUGUCAUUUGAUGGUGGUUGAUGUGUUAUUGGUCAAUGAUGUGUAGCUAUUCUCUAUCAACUAUAUGUUCAACAUUCCAUGUCUCUCUCUUCGAACUAUUGCUUUGCUUUUGGACCAAAGCCCCUUUGGCCAAAAUAAAUAAAUAAAAAAAUAUAGCUAAUGAGA